GGACUGGGACCCUCCCUCCUCUCUCUAUCAUCACCCUCCUUCCUCUGGAAGGCAAAAAAACCUCUCCCCCCCAGCACUCUCCUCCCGGCCGCCACCAUGUCAGGCCUCUACAGCCAGGGCUUCUCCCCUGCAAGAACCCUCUCCCCCCAGAUUAGGAGCAACCCCGAUGCUGACAGCCAGUACUUGGCCGAGCUUCUCGCCGAGCAUCAGAAGCUGGGGCCCUUCAUGCAGGUGCUGCCGAUAUGCAGCCGGCUGCUCAACCAAGAAAUCAUGCGGGUAUCAAGCAUGGUUCACGACCAUGGAUUCAGCGAUUUUGACAGGCGUCGGUUUAGAAGUCCCAGUCCUAUGUCUUCGCCAAUUGUCCGCCCUAAUCUGCAUGGCAAUGGAUUUGGUCCUUGGAAUGGGAUGCCCCAAGAGAGAUUGGGCUUUCCUCCUCCUGGAACAAGUAUGGACUGGCAAGGAGCACCACCAAGUCCUGGCUCCUAUAUUGUGAAGAAGAUUAUACGCUUGGAAGUUCCCGUUGAUUCCUACCCUAAUUUCAAUUUUGUGGGGCGCAUUCUAGGUCCUAGAGGUAAUUCUCUAAAGCGGGUGGAAGCUUCAACUGGCUGCCGUGUUUUUAUUAGAGGGAAGGGUUCCAUCAAAGAUACAGAGAAGGAAGAGAAGCUUAAAGGAAAACCUGGCUAUGAACAUCUAAAUGAGCCACUGCAUAUAUUAAUCGAGGCUGAGUUACCAGCGAAUAUCAUUGAUACAAGACUCAGACAGGCACAAGAAGUCAUGGAAGAACUGCUAAAGCCAGUGGACGAGUCACAAGAUUUCUACAAAAGGCAACAGCUGAGGGAACUGGCCAUGCUAAACUCAACUCUGAGAGAAGAUAGUCCUCAUCCUGGAAGCGUCUCUCCUUUCAGUAACGGUGGCAUGAAACGCGCAAAACCGAGUCAGUAGAGAAGCUGCUUCUCCAUCCUUCAGUCCUUCUUGUUGCAGGCGUGCAUCAUCAACAAGGGGCACUUGAGCCUGCGCUGCGUGGGUGCUUGUGUAAGAAAAGGUAUGCGUUUGCUGGAUGGUUAGUCUGGUAUCAAGCGCAUUUUCUCCUUCGGAUAAGGAGAAAUCAAUGGUUGUUGAACCGUCUUGAUCUUUUUGUGGAUCGAGGCAUGUUGUUGUAACUUGUAAGGUCAUGGACAUUCAUUUUAUUCGUUAUUGACUGUUUAACCCUAAGUAGCUUGUGAUGCUGAGGAUAGGUGGUUUCAGGGGAGACUAGGUAAACCUGACUGUUUAAUUAGCUUGUAUUAGUCCCCUGUUACAUUAUGGAGUUGCAAAAUAAACGAAGAUCAUGGUGCACUCCACUUUAUGAUAGUUUGAUGAUGGAAGCUUUGAAUGAACCAUGUGAACUCAAAAUGCAUUGUACUCGCAUAGUAUGCGAAUUUGGUUACAGUAUAAAUGGGAUCCAUGGGCAUUCAAGUAAUGUGGAUUUUGAAACAAACAAA